GCCCUCAGGCAGCUCCUGCUCCCAGCCAUGAUGAUGAUGAUGCGGAGCAUCGGCUUCAUCCUGGUCCUCGCACUGGCUGGGGCAACCCUUAGCCCCGCUUUAAGUAAAAAGUGCUCCCUGAUCGGGCAGUGGCGGAACGACCUGGGCUCAGAAAUGGAUGUCAUGGCUGUGAGCAGUACUGGGAACUUCUUCGGCACGUACCUCACAAGCGUCUCCAGCACAGACAAGCCGAUCAGUGUGUCCCCCCUGCAUGGCAGCCAGCAGAUGGGAGACCAGGAGCAGCCGACGUUUGGGUUCACCGUUGCCUGGUCGUUCUCUGACUUGACCACCGUCUUCGUGGGCCAGUGCUUCGUGGACGACAAAGGGAAGGAGACUCUGCAGACCAUGUGGCUGCUGCGGAAGAAGGUCGACUCCAGCCAGGACAACUGGAAAGCGACCCUGGUCGGCACCAACGUUUUCACCAGGAGCGAAUACAAAAGUCGUGGAAGGGCGGGCAGGGUCUUGUAAUCCCAUACCCAGUCCCCGCAGCUGUGCCAGGAGCUAUCCCAGCUGCAGGGCCCCAGGCCCCACAUGGCACGUUUUGGGGCCCAUCAGCCUUUGGUGUCGUGCUGCAGCUGGCAGUAUCAUCCUGUGGCUCUCCAAAUCCUCCUCAGGGCCCUCCCCGGGGCCACACUCCUUCCCCAGUGCACAGCUGCAGAGACCAGCCCAGCCCAAGCUGUGGGUGCAGGGACACGGCCUCCCUCCCCAAGCCCCUGCGUGGGCCCAGCAGUUCCCCCCUCCAGCGCCCUUGCCCGGAGGCUCCUCUCAGGCAGGAGUCACCAGGGCACCAAAUAAACCUUGCUGAACAUGAAA